UUACUGUCAAGCUUUGAGCAAAUUCAGAGUUGAAGGAUCAUCUUCACGCUUUGUUAGAUCAUCAGGUAACUGCUUCGUGAUAUCCCUUCUAUAUUCUUUUUCACUCCUACAACCGCAAAAUAUUCACCGAUGAAACUGAGAUACAAUACGAAAUGCUCAGAAGAACCAAUUGGGAAUGAAAACUUACUCUACCUCGAAUGCUCUACUGCUCCGGAUUUUUUUGCAGGAGAUUUGGGUAUUCAUUUCUAGUGAUUUUGCCGGGUUAUUAUAAAGGGAUAUGCCAUCAAGUGACAAUGGGCGCAGAAAUAAGUCUCCAGUUUCUUUUAGCAACUGGAAUUUGGAUCUUCCCUAUUGAAGUUGCUUGUAAGGAAGAAUUAAAGGAAGAAGAGUUAAGAAUUGAUAAGGGAUCGUUUGACUUCAUGCCCACACACAUCCUUGAUCUACCCAGAGAAUUCCUUGAGUUCUUGUGCGAUCAUUUAUCGUUUAGAGAUCAAAUCCAGUUUGCUAGAUGCUGCAAGUCAUUGUACUCUUUGGCAUUUAGAAGGCCUAACCCUAAAGCAUGUGAGAAGCCAUGGCUUAUCGGACUCACUGAAAACCCUACUCUCUGUGGAAGAACAUACAACGAGGUAACAUACCAUCAGAUACAAGCAAAAUCAUUCAAGCAUUCUGAUCCACAUAUUAUUGGAUCCUUCAAGGGUUGGUUAUAUGUGCAAUAUAAAUUACACAGCUUAACUCAGCUUAUAAAUAUCUUCUCCAAUAUUCAUUAUGAUCUCCCACCUUUAUCUACUAUAAAGAAUUUUGUGCCUUCUGGGAUAAAGCACGUUAGAGCUUUUGCAGUAUCAUUUUGUAAAUCUAUGAGACCAACUAUGAUUGGAAUUGUUUCUGGUCUUGGAAGCUUAGCCUUGUUCAAGAUUGGAGGCAGGAACUGGAAAGGUCACAAAAGAGAAGAACGGUAUGUUAACCUGACAUUUUACAAUGUGAAAAUGUAUGCUAUGAGAAAGGAAUUUAACCAGGUUGACAUAUUUGAAAUUGACGACAAUUUGGACCUUUCUCUUGUGGGUGUUAUAUAUUCUUCAGAAGUUAUUGAUGCUUCAUUACCAGUGCCUCCACCCUUCCAGGCCUACCUAGUGGUGGAUUCUAAAGAUAAUAAUCUUUUUGUUGUGUUACAACAUCGUAAGAUGUUUGGCUCUGUUUUGAUGGCCAUUGAGUUCGAGAUCUUUAAGACAAAAGAUGGAGAUCAAUUAGUGAAAGUGGAUGCGUUGGAUGGUCAAAUUGUGUUACUGAGUGACACAUGUUCUGAGAUUAUUGAUGUUAAUGAUUGCCUUUCUUCUGCAUUUUUCGGGGGAAACCAAAUAUGUUUCACUACUGGAUUUGAUCAUGAUUUUGGUAUUUAUUCCUUCAAUGAUAAAACUAUCAAAUGGUUAUUUCCAUUCAGGGAAAUGUAUUGUCUACAUUGGAUGUUUCCUAGAUUUGCAUCUUAUUGUGAAUCACAACCUUCAUCAUCAUCAUCAUAACUAUUUUCUGUUACUAUUAUUCUUCUCUGUAAAUUGAUAUACUGCAACAACAAAAAAACUCCUGGAUUUUUGAUGCUCGAGACCAUGUUCUUUUA